GGUUUCCGGGAGCGCCGGCGAGUCGCCUGGCGACGGGGGCGAACGAGGGAGCAGCGGCCGAGCGGGAAAUAUGGAGCCCAGGCCCGGCGUGUGUGCCAGGGCCGCUUGGAAGUGCGGCGAGGGAGGGCUGCGGGAGGUGCUGAGGCUGGUGGCGGCCGGCUCGGAGAGCGGAGGCGGCGGGGAGGAGAGUGCGUUGCGUACAGAACCAGUUACUUUGGAAAGACCUCAAACCAACACUGUGGAAACUCCAUGCGUGUUGUAUCUCCAGUGUGCUAACCAGCAUGCUGAGAUAAUCUUUGUAGAAGUGGUUAGUGAAGCAAAAACAAUGGAGGUUUACACAGAAGAAGAGUACUGUGGAACAUGCCAAGGCCAAAGGAUAGAUAAUCCACAAAUAAACAGUGGCCAUGAGCAGGUUCUCUUGUUUAAGAAAUAUUUUAAGCUGGAUUUUCCUAGUUCAUCCUGUGAACUAAAGUUGCUUUCUCUAGGUGGAAAGGAGAAAGUACAAAUUGGUGAAAUAUUACUGGGCAUAAGACAUGCUUCAGUUAGUAUCCCAAGAGGCAUUUCUCCAUUAGGAAGAAACAUCAACUUGCAACGAGUUCAGACAAUGAUGGAUUCAAUGGGAACAAAGCUAUCACCUGGAGCUCAGCAACUUUUGAACAUGGUCCAGUUUCAACAAAAGCAGAACCAAGCAGCAAUAGGAGGAUUGUUCCAGGGGAUCUUUGGAACAAGAAAUUUGGCAGAAAUUGGAAAAGUAGUCGGUUCAUCUCAGACAACUACAGAAUCUGAGGAAGGGGUAACUUCUCAUGAAUGUACUGAAACUAAUCCAAUAUCCAUUUCACAACUGGAAGAAACAAAGAAGCCAGAAGAAAUAAUUGUAUUUAAUGGCGAGUCUACAGAAACCAGAGGUGCCUCAAACUUGGCUACUGGAAUAAAUAAUAAGAAAACAGUGUAUGACUCCGAAGCCAGCAUAAAAGAUGUAGAUGAGCAGAAGUUUGCUGGAGGAGGUUUGCAAGAGCUCGUAUCAACUUAUUUGUGCAAACAAAACAAUGGGGAACAAAACACCUUUAGUUCUGAAAUGCUUCCCUUUCUUCGGAAUUUGUCCAGCCAGGUGAAUGAACUUCGCAUAGGAGAGAAAGCUAAAGCUAAUAAACAUUACACAGCAGCAGAGGAUGGAACCCAUGGCAGGCUGUACCAACAGACAUUUUGUUUCGAAUUGGAAAAGCAUAUCUCUGAACAAAUGGAUUCAGUAGAAAGGAGACUUAAGGAUUAUAUUGAUCACCGAAUAAACAUAUUGCAAGAUGACCUUGAUAAAAAGUUUGUUUCACUCACCAAACUGAUUGAAAAUGUCACUGUGAAUAGGACUGCAACAAAAAAUUUUGAAUGUGAUGCUGUCUUAACAAAUGGGGAGCUUUAAAUAAUUUUUCAUCACACUCCUCAAAACACAAAUGUGAAACUGGUUUAGUUUUGAGAAACACUAAAUUUAGCAAUUAAUGCAGGAGUGUCUAAACAAUAUACUUGGGCCGUAUAAAUUUGAAGUUCAAGCAGAUUAAAUUUGUUGUUGGUGUGUUUUUCCUUGAGUGACAUAGACACUCAUUAAUUCAUGGCCAAUUAACUUAGCUAAUUCAAUCCUACAUAUGUCUGUUUUUUUAUACCUGCCAGCUUGCCUUUGAGGUUUUGAAAAGCCUAAUUCUAGAUCUUUUGCCUUGUUAAUGGAUAAAUCCUAAAGAUUAUCUAAAAUUGGCAGCUUGGAUGGACACAGGUUGAUGCAGAAAUCAAUUAAGGUCUGUAUAUGACCAAUCCAUAUGUACACGUGGUUCACAGGAAAAGCUUGGACACUUAAAUUUUAUUGCAAACUUCCAAUGCAUCAGCAGAAAAUAAAAGUGUAAACAGCACUGCUGUAAAAAUUUAAUGUGUUAAAGUUGUAACAAGUUCAAAAAUACUUAAUGUUCGUGAAAUAGUAUAAUAACUUUGAGAAUUAAUUUAAUCUGUUUUACAUUUUUUUUUCAUAUUUGUACUACCCUUGAAGAGUUGAUCUGAAAUUGAUCUUUGCGCCCCCACCCCCCCACUGCUUUUUUGGGUAGUUACAGUGGAAACUUAAAAUUACAUGACCAGCAUAGUUUAGCA